AUGGAGAUCUUGUCGAGUUCCGCACAUGCAAGUGCAGUCAGAGCUGUGGCAUUUGACUUCGUACGAGACUGGCGCAAUGUAUGGGCUGUAACACCACUGGUCCAACAGCUCUUCGAUAAGCUAAGCACUCUAAACGUUACCCUCGAGCUGAAGUUCAGUCCUUAUGGUAGCAAUGAAUGGAUCUCCGAGCCAUGCAUUGUGCACUACAUUGCUGGCAUCGUGAAGCAGGUUUCAACGUCACAUAUGUCGGUAAAUCGGCUCAUCAUCAGAGCAAAGGAAUGGGAUCCUGAACUCCAGCUCGACAAGAUGCUAUGCAGACUGGAAAAAUUACUCUUAGCUCAGGAAAAGGAAGCCCAGACAUCCUCCAUGGAAUCGGUCAUCGUGGAGUUCAAGUAUGGCGAGGUCAUGUAUGAUCGACGAGAUCGUUCUCUUCGAUUCAAUCAAGUAACAGCCCAUGACCUCCACGCAAUUGGUCAAUGGAUUCAGGAAAAGCGUCCUACCGAGCUCUAUUUGACAGAUUGUCAAUUCUUUGUCGAGCAGCUGGAUGGAGUCCUGCUACCUACCGUCCAGCCAGUCAGUUCGUUGUCCCGCAUCACGAUCAACAAUGCUCGACUUAUGCAUAUAACGUCGUUCUUCGGAGGGAGUCAGACAGCCACACCACUCAACAAAAUGCUCUCACAUAUACUGGAGCACACACACAGCCUUGAUCAUCUUUAUCUAGAGAACAUUCGAGUGGAGACUCCACAUCCGAGGACACUCAAUUUCGUAGGGGUGAACAAGGUGCAAAUGACCGGCGAGGAAAACAUCCGCGAGACACUUUCGCAUCUGAUGGCACGGCUAGCGGAGGAAGACCUGUCUGAGACCGAAAGCGAAGACAUUGAAGAGGAUGAAGAGGACGAUGAAGAUGACGAAUAG